AUGCAAACAGCAGGUCAAAUUCUUGACCCGAAUCAGUUCUACUAUGCUCCGAUGCCGGCGCAACCAACUGCAGCGCCACCCGGAAUGUCUUACCAGUAUACUGGAGGAUUCUACGGAGAACCGUAUAUGAUGGCGUCCGCUCCAGCACAACCUUCACAAGCAGUCAUGAUGCCUGUUGGUACGUUUGGUCUUUCAAAUUUGAAAGUUGAGCGAAAAGCAGCGAGCAAGCGCUCUUUUGCUGUUCAACCUGCUGCGGGACGAUCAUCGCGCGAACAGGCGAAACUACGGAACAUAGUUAAGGAAAAGGAAUCAUGUGAACCCUAA